UCCGGGUCCGCCAGAAGGAAACGAAAUGGGGAAAUAGAACGAGAAGACAACCCCUAAGCUCGAAACUUCUACUGAGAGCUGUAACUGCCAUGGCCGGGAACACAAUUUUGAAGAUUCAGGCUUUCGUUGUCUUGAUAUUCGAUAGAUAAUUCAGUCUUCUUUCUGCAAUUCAAAGCAAAAUCCUCUCAAGAAACACUGUAAAUCUUGUUGAUACGAAACAGAUUCCCUGAAUUUGAGAGGACUGCCUUCUGCUACUGCUGCAAUUUAGGUCCAACUCUAUCCAUUCACACAUGUCUAUAUCUUUCCUUACCAUCCUUCGUAAUCGCACGGCUCUUCCCAGUUGCAGCAAUUUCCUCCUCCGCCAUGUCUCUUCUCGUACUUCCCGUUUCGGUUUCGUCUCCAUUGCAGCUCGACAAAACCCUAAUAGUAACAGGAAGCAGCCGCCCCACAAGAACCUUCUCAAAGCAAAGGACAGCGUCAGGGAAUUAUCAUCUCUAUCUCCCCUUCUUUCUCUGGAGAAUCGACCUGUUCUAAUGCCGAACCAGGCUAUCGGAAUGGUUGCCGCUGCCCAGGCCAAUUUCAUGAGAGUCAUCGUCGAGUCAGCGGGUCCGACCCUGGAAAAUGCUAGCGAACCUGAGGAACCAGCCGUUGGAGUUGAAUUGUUGUGCGUGGUUAGGGCUCUUUUGAAGAAGAUCAAGAGGAGGGUUUUGGUUGGGGAUAAGGUGUUAGUAGGGUCCAUCGAUUGGGUGGACCGCAGAGGGAUGAUCGAAAAUGUUUACCAGAGAAGUUCGGAGAUCCUCGAUCCUCCGGUCGCCAAUGUGGAUCAUCUGCUGGUGCUUUUCUCAAUGGAGCAGCCGAAGCUUGAGGCAUUCUCUCUCACCAGGUUCUUGGUCGAGGCUGAGUCGGUUGGGAUUCCUCUCACGCUCGCUCUGAACAAGUUGGAUCUUGUCGAUGAAGAGACACAAUUGGCAUGGAAAGCAAGGCUCCGCAAAUGGGGUUAUGAACCACUCUUUUGUAGUGUAGAGUCCAAACAUGGCUUGGAUUCUCUAGAAUUCAUAUUGAGAGAUCAAACAACUGUCACUGUGGGUCCUAGUGGUGUUGGCAAAUCCAGCCUGAUCAAUGCUUUGAGAAGCAAUCAACGAGUUCCUUAUGCUGCAGAAGCAGAUAACUGGUUUGAACAUACUGAAGGUAGCAAGUGGUUUGAAGAUCAGCGAGUUGGUACAGUGUCAACAAGAAGUGGCAGGGGGAAGCAUACCACUCGCCAUGUUUCUUUACUUCCUUUAUCCGGAAAAGGAUAUCUAGCUGAUACUCCAGGGUUUAAUCAGCCUAGUCUGAUGAAAGUAACAAAGAAAUCUCUUGCACAAACGUUCCCAGAGAUCAGAAGGAGGCUCAAUGCCAGUGAGCUUGUGAAAUGUUCAUUUAGUGAUUGCCUGCAUCUUGGUGAGCCAGGUUGUGUGGUGAAGGGAGACUGGGAAAGAUAUCCAUAUUAUCUCCAACUGCUUGAUGAGAUCAAAAUCAGGGAAGAAUUCCAGUUGAGGACAUUAGGAACAAAAAGGGAAGGUGAUGUGAGAAUUUUCAGGUACAAGGUGGGCGACAUGGGCAUCCAACAAGCAGAGCCUAGGCUGGAGAUGAAGAAGCACCGGAGACAAUCUCGGAAACGGAUGAACCAGUCAAUACUAGAAGAACUGGAUGAGCUGGAUGAUGUGGAUGAGGACAACAUGGAGAAUGUAGAAGAUGGUACUGUUCUAAGAGCCACGGGGCAUGAGAACAAGUAGGAAGCCACCUGCAGCAUCUCUCAUACACUGUAUAUAGUGGUUGUCAAGGAUGCUACGUACUCCCCCUUCCUUUUUUCGGGGGUUUUAAAAUGUAAUCCAUGAGUACAGAAAAAUAAUUUCUCUCCUGUUGAUAGGUUGGAAAUGCCAUGUGUAGUAAGAUAUAAGCUGUCCUGGAUUAUAUAGUGAAUCCCUUUCAUGGCAAAUUGUCAUUUUUCAGGUAAUUGUAUAUUAUUGGGAUUGGUUGGGUGACUUGGUUCAGUUUCUCCUUGAUAUCACAUUAAAGAGUACUGUGUUCUCAAAA